UCAAGAGAUUGAAGAAAAAUACAAAACAGAACAGAGAACUGGGAGACAAAGAUACAAGAACAAAGACUGAGAAGAGAAGAAGAACUUCGAGAGAUCGAAGAAAAAUACAAAACAGAACAAGAGAACUGGGAGACAAAGAUACAAGAACAAAGACUGAGAAGAGAAGAAGACUUUGAGAAAAGGAUGGAGAAAGAACAAAAAAUGUGGGAUGAAUAUUAUCAGAAUCUUAAAAAAGAGAGAGAUGAAUUUAAAAAACAGACAGAGAUAUUGGAAAGAGAGAAAGGAUGUCUUCAGGUCAAACAUGAAUCAGAAAUGGAAAAAAUGAGAAUGAUGAUGGAGGAAGAAAGACAGAAUCACAACACAGAGAGGAAGAGGAGAGAGAAAGCAUUUACUGAAAAUGAAAAACAAUACAGAAAUAAGAUAAAAGAAAAAGAGGAGCAAAUUCAGAAACGUCAUGAGGAAAUGCUAAAACAAAUGCAAGACAAUGAGAGGCGGAAGAGGGAGAAAGAAAAACAAGAUUGGAUAAAACAACAUGAGAAACUCACACAAGAAAUCCAGCAUGAAAAAUCUCUGAAAGAACAGCAAUGUAAAACGUAUGAAGACAAAAUUAAAUUAAUAGAACAGCAGAAGCAAGAUGAACUAAUGAGACUACAACCAGUGGACUGUGAAGAAGAGAGACAAAAAGACUGGGAGAGCAUUAAAAUGUGCUGCUCCCAAACCAUCUAUUCUCUAAAGAGAGAUGAAACUGGCCAAAACCAAAAGCUUGGACCAAAAAACAAUGAACAGCUAAACAAACUUUACCAUAGACUAGAUCUGACAAAAAGGCAUCAAAAUAAAAUGAGAACAGAAGACAUUCUUGAAAUCAAGUCUACACUUCAGUCCCAGGAGCCACAGCAAGAGACUGAACUUGUAAACUCAUUUCUACAAAAGCUGAUGAACAUGAACUACAGCGCAAGAUACACUGUCAUAAAACACAGAAAAAAAGACAGUAAGGAAGACUACAAUCAUGAUAUUCACCCAAUGGAUGUUCAGAUGGCCGCGCUUCAUUGUGCUGAUGGUUUCCUGAAGCAGCUGAUGGUGACUAAACUCUCACAGUGUCAGUAUGCACUGCCUCUGCUUGUUCCUAAUCCAUUCACCCAACGGAUUGAGUUUCCUCUCUGGACAUUCAGACAAAUCAACAAGAGCUGGAAGAUGAAGAACAGCAACAAUGAGAUCAUCAGUCAGUCGGUCUACAAGGCUGAGACUCCAAUGGUGUCUUUCUUCAGGUUUGGCUCUGUGUCUUCAUCUAAGUCUCAGCUGAUGAACAGCCUCAUCAAUGAGAAACACAACACGUUCUUCCACAGGAACUGCUCAGGCAGCAGCAGAACCAGAUUACUGAUGGAUGGAGUGGUGGAGAUCGCCUGGUACUGUCCUUCUGGGAAACAGACAGAUGCAUUUGAUGACUGUGUUGCUUUCUGUAAUCUUCAUGGUGAUGCAGGAGCCAAUGAGAAACAAUAUGAGAUUUUGACCAGUAUGGCUUCAGUAAAUGUCCUCUUCUUACCUGAUUUUGGACAGAAGAACCAGUACAAGGGUUUGGUGAGAUCACUCUUCAGAUCUCCUCAGCCUCUCAUUUGUCUGCUGACUGACAAUAACUGUGAUAAAACUGAACUUGGGAACGAAAAAUUCAUAUUCGGUCUUUUGAACAAAAACCAAUCUGAUGUAUCUGAGCAAAUAAGAGAGACUAUUAGACGGACUCUGACUGAGCAGAAAAAGACUUUCAAGCUUGAAGAUGUGGCCAAACAUAGAGGAAUCAGAGUAGAUGAGGAUGAUCCAGAGUGUCAGAGAGGAAAACAGGCAGCAGUUCAGAUCAUGAGUUUACUGAGAGGAAAAGAUCCAUCAACAGUGAAAGAAACAAUCCUGCCCUGUCAGGGCAAACUGUGGCAUGACUGGUGUGAAAUGAACAAAAAGCUGCAUCAUCUACAAGGAGAAAAUCUAGAGGAAGAUAAAAGUACCAAACAGAAGAACAUGAGAGAAGUAAGAGAAAAACAGAUGAACCAAGGACUGAGUGAGUUUAUGAGGAAAUUUAUUGAAACAAUGAAAUCACAGAAAGACGAUGAAAAAAAGUAUUUCCUCAGAUGGAUGAUGAACCUGUUGAAUGACUUCACUUCAGAGAACCUUUGUGGACUUCAUAAGGUCUAUUCUGUGAAAUGGCAUGAAGUCUCAGCAUUGAAAAAGAUGCCUGACAAUCUAGAUCAACUGCAGACUGAACAAACAAACCUGGAAAAUAUCUCAGAGCAAAUGAACAGGGCAAGUUUUGGCUUGGAGCACAUCCUGAGAGAGUUUGGUCAGAUCUAUGAAUCAUGGUCAUCUGUGAAGAAGAUCAAGGAAGGUCUGCAGUUUGACUUCUGUUCUCUCCCGAGUCUUGCAGCAGAGAUGAUGAUCUCUGGAUUCCCCAUGGAGCUGAUGGAUGGAGAUGCUGCUCAUGUUCCUCUCUCCUGGGUCACUGCUGUUCUAGAUCAACUUGUUAAAAAACUGGGAGAACAGACCAGAAUCUUUGUGCUGUCAAUUUUAGGGAUUCAGAGCUCUGGGAAAUCCACCAUGCUGAAUGCCAUGUUUGGAGUUCAGUUUGCGGUCAGUGCUGGCAGAUGCACAAGAGGAGCUUUCAUGCAGCUGCUCAAAGUGUCAGAAGAGAUGAAAACAGAGCUAAAGUUUGACUAUAUUUUAGUUGUUGAUACUGAGGGACUUCGUGCACCAGAACUGUCUGGAAGGUCAACAACACAUCGUGACAAUGAAAUGGCAACAUUUGUUGUUGGUCUUGGAAAUAUGACCCUGAUCAAUAUAUUUGGAGAAAACCCAUCUGAGAUGCAGGACAUUCUUCAGAUUGUUGUUCAGGCCUUCAUGAGGAUGAAUAAAAUCAGACUGAAUCCAAGCUGCAUGUUUGUGCAUCAAAAUGUCUCAGAUAUUGCAGCUGGAGAGAAAAACAUGGAGGGAAGGAGAAGACUGCUGGAGAAACUGGAUGAUAUGACAAAACUCGCUGCUAGAGAGGAAGAUUUUGAUGCAGAACGAUUCAGUGAUGUGAUUGCGUUUGAUGUUGAAAAAGAUGUGAAGUAUUUUGCUCAGCUCUGGGAGGGCAGUCCACCCAUGGCUCCAACAAACCCAAACUACUGCGAGAACAUUCUAGAACUGAAGCAAACUAUUAUAACACAUGCUUCAAAAUCAGAUGGAGUUAUGCUGACCCACCUAAGAGACCGUAUUCAAGAUCUCUGGGAGGCUUUACUCAAUGAACAGUUUGUGUUCAGCUUCAAAAAUUCCCUGGAAAUCGCAACAUACAAGAAACUAGAGACAGAAUACAGCAAGUGGGCCUGGAGUCUUCGAAGCGCUAUGCUGGAAAUCGAAAACAAGCUUCACAACAAAAUAGAAAAUAAAGUAAUUCAUGACAUUGAAGAAACUGAUCUUCAAACAGAACUAAAUGCUAAAAGCGAAGAAGUGGAAAAGACAAUGUCUGAAUUCUUGGAGAAAGACAGAGAUGCAGGUAUACUGAAGCAGUGGAAAGCUUCAUUUGAGAUAAAAAUCAUAGAGCUUCAAGAAAACAUUGUGAGGGAAACUAAGAGGAAAUUAAAUGUGGUUCUUAAGCAACGUGAACUGAAGAAAACGAUGGAUACUAAGAAGACACAUCAUGAAAACACUCUUUUGGAAAAUAGCAAAAAACUUGCCUUGAAAUUUAAAAAUCAAGCAACUGAAGAAAAUAUAAUGAAACAAGAGUUUGAUUCCUUUUGGAAAAAGCAGAUGAAGGAGAUCAUCAGAGAACCUUCUUCACUCAAAAAUAUUGACAUAUUCGUUGAUGCGAAAAAGCACCUCAGUAAAAUCUACCCAAGUCUACUUUUGGACUCUUUGAAAGAAAACAGUAAGCAAGUUGAUAUGAUCCAUUUGCCAAGCUAUUCAGAAUACGUGAAGUUAAAGAAAUUCACUGGACAUACAGCAAUCCUACAGUAUACCUACAAUAAAGCUAAAGAGAAGUUUGGUCAUGCUUUAUCUAAAGAGGAUGAAGUCCAGAUAAGAUCUUUAAUCACAGAAAUUACUGAGCACACAGAUAAAAUGAUUCAGUCAUAUAACUUGGCAAAGAUGGGCUACAACAUCAUACAUAAAGGCAAGAUUAACAAAUAA